AUGUUACUUCUGUUGACCUGGCUUGCUCUUCUGUGUACAACUGUGCCUCCAGUGAGCCUUGAUCCCAAUCCCUGCAGCAACACAAGUUGUAGAAAGGGGUACAUUUGCAAGGUUACUCACAAUCAGCCACAGUGCAUCCCAGAACCUCAGUCCUGCAGUACUAUCCAGUGCCAUGAGGGGGCACUAUGUGAAACAAUUAACGGCCUGCCCAGAUGUGUAUCCUAUACACCAUCUUGUCAUCAUAUCCAAUGUCGAGAAGGCACAAUAUGUGAUACGGCAGAUGGCUUUCCUAAAUGUGUACCAGCACCAAGGACAUGUGCUGCUGUCCAGUGCAAAGAAGGCACUACCUGUGUGAUCAUUAACAAUUGGCCUCAAUGUAUCCCAGCACCUAUGUCCUGCCAAACCACUAGAUGCAACCCAGGAACAACAUGUAAACUCAUUAAUGGCUGGCCCCAAUGUGUGCCCAACCAGCCUUCCUGCCACGCAAUCCGAUGCAAAAAUGACUCUGCAUGCAAGAUUGUUCAUGGCCAUCCCAAAUGUGUCCCAUUACCAGCAUCGUGUGGCACCUUCUUGUGUGAAAAAGGAACCGUGUGUGAGAUGGUUGGUGGUCAUCCCAAGUGUGUCUCCUUGCCACUGUCCUGCCUGCAUAUGGAAUGCAAACUUGGGACUGUGUGUGAUAUUGUUGAUGGAUGGCCCACAUGCAUCCCCAGGACAUCCUGUGAGAGGUUAAAUUGUGAAGCUGGCACUAAAUGCAAGACUGUAAAUGGCUUGCCCAAGUGUCUACCAGUCCCACUGUCUUGUGACAUAGUUCAUUGCAAACAGGGGGCUGUGUGUAAGAUACUAAAUGGCAAGCCUGUAUGUGUGCCCAUUCCACCUUCCUGCCUCACGAUCCACUGCAAAGAAGGAACCAUCUGUGAGAUCACUAAUGGUGUCCCUAAGUGUGUUCCUGCCGUAACAUCCUGUGACAGAAUCCAGUGUGCAGCAGGGACUGUCUGUGAAAUGGAGAAUGAGUGGCCUAGGUGUGUGCCUAUCCCAAUUACCUGCAAGAAAUUUGAAUGCAAAGUGGGGACGGUAUGUAACAUGGUAAAUGGCUGGCCAACCUGCGUUCCAAAUCCACCAGCAUCUUGUGCAUCCAUUGUUUGCAAAGAGGAGACAGUGUGUGAAAUGGUUAAUGGAACGCCAACAUGCACACCCUUCCCACUUUCCUGUGAAAGGUAUAAAUGCCGAGAGGGAACCAUCUGUGAAGUAGUGCAUGGAUGGCCUACUUGUGUGCCUUUGCCAUCUUCAUGUCAGAAAGUAGAGUGUGCCCAGGGGACUGCUUGCAAAAUCGUUGAUGGUUGGCCCAGAUGUGUUCUCAUCCCUUCUACGUGUGACAAGUUGCAGUGUAAAGUGGGAACCAUAUGUCAAAUGGUGAAUGGCCAGCCUAAAUGUGUUUCAGUUCCUCCCUCCUGUGAAAACAUUUUUUGCAAAGUAGGGACAACUUGUGAAAUUGUUGAAGGUUGGCCCCAGUGCACUCCAGUCCAACGAUCCUGUGACAAAAUCCAUUGCACAGAUGGGACAAAUUGUAAAAUGAUUGGUAGCAGAACUCAGUGUGUACCUAUCCCACCUUCCUGUGACAAAAUAGGAUGUAAAGAUGGGACCAUUUGUGAAAUUAUUGAGGACUGGCCUAUGUGUGUUCCUAUCCAAGAUUCCUGUGAGAAAAUCCAGUGCAAAGAAGGAACUCUUUGUAAAAUGGUUGAUGGCAGGGCCAAAUGUCAUCCUGUCCCAAGUUCCUGUGAAAAAGUUAGCUGCAGUGUGGGGACCAAGUGUGAGAUAUAUAAUGGAGGACCAAAAUGUAUUCCUGUCUCACCUUCCUGUGACAAGUUCCAAUGUAAGGAAGGAACAGUUUGUGAAAUCAGUAAUGGUUGGCCUAAAUGUGUUUCCAUUCCUACACCAAUCUCAUGUGAAAAGGUCAACUGUAAUGUGGGCACCAAGUGUGAGAUAUACAAUGGGAAGCCCACAUGUCUUCCCAUCUCACCUUCCUGUGACAAAUUCCCUUGUAAAGCUGGAACAGUUUGUGAAAUCAGUAACGGUUGGCCCAGAUGUAUCCCCAUUCCUGUUCCUCUCCCUGUUCCUACUCGCUCUCUCAGCCCAGCUUCCUGUGAAAAGGUCACUUGUAAGGUAGGGACCAAGUGUGAGAUAUACAAUGGGAAGCCCACAUGUCUUCCCAUCUCACCUUCCUGUGACAAAUUCCCCUGUAAAGAAGGAACAGUUUGUGAAAUCAGUAACGGCUGGCCCAGAUGUGUCCCCAUUCCUAUUCCUCUCCCUGUUCCUACUCGCUCUCUCAGCCCAGCCUCCUGUGAAAGGGUCACUUGUAAGGUAGGGACCAAAUGUGAGAUAUACAAUGGGAAGCCCACAUGUCUUCCCAUCUCACCUUCCUGUGACAAAUUCCCCUGUAGAGCUGGAACAGUUUGUAAAAUCAGUAACGGUUGGCCCAGAUGUGUCCCCAUUCCAGUUCCUCUCCCUGUUCGUACUCCCACUCUCAGCCCAGCCUCCUGUGAAAGGGUCACUUGUAAGGUAGGGACCAAGUGUGAGAUAUACAAUGGGAAGCCCACAUGUCUUCCCAUCUCACCUUCCUGUGACAAAUUCCCCUGUAAAGCUGGAACAGUUUGUGAAAUCAGUAACGGUUGGCCCAGAUGUGUCCCCAUUCUUGUUCCUCUCCCUGUUCCUAAACCCACUCUCAGCCCAGCCUCCUGUGAAAAGGUCACUUGCAAUGUAGGGACCAAGUGUGAAAUAUACAAUGGGAAACCCACAUGUCUUCUCAUAUCACCUUCCUGUGACAAAUUCCCCUGUAAAGCUGGAACAGUUUGUGAAAUCAGUAAUGGUUGGCCCAGAUGUGUCCCCAUUCCUGUUCCUCUCCCUGUUCCUCCUCCCACUCUCAGUCCAACCUCCUGUGAAAGAGUCACUUGUAAGGUAGGCACCAAAUGUGAGAUAUACAAUGGGAAGCCCACAUGUCUUCCCAUCUCACCUUCCUGUGACAAAUUUUCCUGUAAUGCUGGAACAAUUUGUCAUAUCAAUAACGGCUGGCCUCAGUGUGUUCCCAUUCCCAUUCAUGCUCCCAUUCAUGCUCCCAUUCAUGCUCCCAUCCCAGUCUCUUGUGAAAGGGCCACUUGCAAUGUAGGAACACAGUGUGAGAUACAUGAAGGAAAACCAACCUGUAUUCCCAUCUCCCUUUUUUGUGACCAGAUCCAAUGCAAAGUUGGAACAAUUUGUCACAUCAUGAAUGGUUGGCCUCAAUGUGUUCCCAUUCCAUCCUCCUGUAGAAAUGUGACCUGCAACAGAGGGACUGCAUGUCAAAUGGUUUCUGGUUGGCCCCAGUGUGUCCCCAUCUCAAACCAUUUGAUACCCUCCUGUGACAAGUCACAUUGCAAAGAAGGCAGUAUUUGUGAGAUCAUCAGUGGCGUACCAACCUGUAGAUCUACUCCAUCUACCUGUGAAAAAUUUCACUGUCAACAGGAAACAGUAUGCCAGAUUAUGCAUGGCUGGCCAACAUGUGUUCCAGCCUCAUUACCAACACCUUGUGCUUCUGUACUUUGCAAUGUAGGAACUGUAUGCCAGCUUGUUAAUGGAAGUCCACAAUGUGUUCCCAUCCCACCUACCUGUGAGCAAUUCCGCUGCAGACCCAGCACUGUCUGUAACAUUGUGAAUGGUUGGCCCCAGUGUGUUCCUGUGCCAGGUUCCUGUGAGACCACUCACUGUCAAAGGGGAACUUCAUGUCAGGUCGUAGGGGGCUCACCCAAAUGUGUACCCAUGGUACGAUCAUGCUAUGAAAUUCAGUGCAGAAAAGAAACUGUCUGCAAAAUUGUGGAUGGCUCACCCAAAUGUGUUCCAGGUUUGCCCAUCCAACCUACGUGCUGGGCCUCUGGUCAGCCCCAUUAUCACACCUUCGAUGGACACAGUUAUGAUUUUCAAGGUACCUGCACGUACACAGUGGUUAAGACUUGCAAGCCCAAUUCUCAGCUACCGUUCUUCCACAUCUUCACCAAGAGCCAGAAGAACUCCCCAUUUUCUCUCAUCAGCCAGGUCACCAUCACGGUCUACAAUUACAACAUCACCAUGGUCAUGCAUGAAUAUGGCCUUGUCAGAGUCAACCAACUACGUUCCCGCCUGCCCCUUACUUUGCAUGAUGGGAAACUCUCACUGUAUCAACAAGGAGACCAACUGGUAAUCAGAACACAGUUUGGCCUGGAGGUUUACUAUGACUGGAACUAUUACUUUGUGGUGAAGGUCACUCCAGAUUUUCGGAACCACGUCUGUGGCCUCUGUGGCAAUUACAAUGGGAAUGCUAAUGAUGACUUUACUACAUCCUCGGGAGGCUUGGCCACCAGUGCUGUGGAAUUUGGCAAGAGUUGGAAGGUGGAAGAUGGAGACCGUGCCUGUAAUCAUGGCUGCCAUGGCAAAUGUAUGCGUUGUACUCCAGAGCUGGUGAGCAGAUACAGCACAGAGACCUUUUGCGGCAUGAUCACUAGACACACCGGUGGCCCCUUCCGACAGUGCCAUACCGUGAUUGAUCCCAAACCCUAUUUGAAUGACUGUGUGAUUGAUUUAUGUACCUUUGAUGGCUACAAGCAGAUCUUGUGCCGAGCAUUAAAGACUUAUGCUGAUGCCUGCCAAAGAGAAGGGGUAAAAAUUGCUGACUGGAGGAAACAUGCUGGCUGCCCCAUGACUUGUCCUGACUACAGUCAGUACAUGCCCUGUGGCUCAGCCUGUCCUGCCACCUGCACCAACCCUGAUGUUCCAACGAAUUGCGAACUGCCCUGUGUGGAGACCUGCCAAUGCAAGCCAGGCUAUGUACUGGAUGGUGGCAAAUGCAUUCCCAAAGAACAAUGUGGCUGUAUCUAUCAUGGUCAGCUCUAUGCACCCAAUGAGCAUUUCUGGGGUGACAGCCAAUGCCACCAUCAGUGCAUGUGCAGGGCACAAGACAAGACCGUGGUCUGCCAUGGGUCCCGUUGCAGGGAGACAGAGGGAUGUGAUGUGGUCAAUGGCAUUAGAAAAUGUCAUCCCACCUUUUAUGGGACCUGCACCACUCUGGGCCAAUUACAUUACAUCACCUUUGACGGUUUGCGCUAUGACUUCUAUGGGACUUGUGUUUACCGUAUGGCUGAACUCUGUCAGUACAGCAAAGCCAACCUGACUCAUUUCCAAGUCCUGGUUCAGAAUGACAGGCAAGGACUUAAGAAUCCUGCAUCCUCCAAAGUCAUUGAGAUCAAGAUCUAUGGGAUGAAAGUCACAGUCAGCCAUAGCCAAGUCUUGCUGAAUGGACUAUUGAUCAACCUGCCGUAUAACAUUGAAUAUGACAAAAUCUCCCUGUAUCAUCAGGGCUGGGAUACUGUGAUCACGACUGAUUUUGGCUUAACUGUCACAUUUGAUGGGAAGAAUAAUAUCCGCCUCACAGUACCAGGAACCUAUAGGAAUAACCUGUGCGGCUUAUGUGGCAAUUUCAACGGACGGGCAGAUGAUGAUAUGUUGCAACAAAAUAGAAGUUUAACAACUAAUCCGGGAACUUUUGGAAGAAGCUGGAAGCUUCGAGACAUCCCAGGCUGUAUUGAGAAGAAGAAGGAGGCCUGUCCAGACUUUCAGAAUAUGGAGCACUUGCAGAGGACAAAUAAUGAAUGUGGCAUCCUAUUACACAAGCAAGGGCCCUUCAGAAGGUGCUACAACAAGGUGCCACCUGAAAUGUACUUCAAAGACUGUGUUUUUGACUAUUGCUCCAAUAAGGGCAACAAGAAUGUCAUCUGUCACAUCCUCUCUUCCUAUGCUGCAGCAUGCUACGAAGCUGGUGUCACAGUUGAUAAAUGGAGAUCCACCAAUCUCUGCAAGCCUGACUGCCCAGCAAACAGCCAUUAUAAAGUUUGUGCCAGCAGCUGCCCUGUAACAUGUCGCAGCCUCUUUAACCCAGUGCUCUGCACUACUAAGUGCCAUGAGGGGUGUGAGUGCAAUGAAGGUUUUGUCUUGAGUGGCAACCAGUGUGUUCCCAUCUCUCAGUGUGGCUGUGUCCAUCAAGGGUUCUACUACAAGGCGGGUGAGUCUUUCUACCUCAACGGAUUCUGCAAGGAGCGAUGUAUUUGCCAAGUGGGUGGUAUCAUGGACUGCCACCGUUCUUCAUGUGGUCCUAAUGAAGAGUGCCGUGUGGUGAAUGGUGUCCAGAAGUGUCGUUCACUUGGUUCCAAGAGCAGUGGGACAUGCCAUGUUGCUGGUGACCCACACUACAUCACUUUUGAUGGAUCCACAUUUGAUCUCCAAAGCAACUGCUCAUACACUCUGGCUAAGAGCUGCACACGCAAGAGCUCUGUUGCAUCUUUCUCUGUCAAUGUGGAGAAUGAGAGGAGGUCCAAAGGCAAGGUCUCUGUAACAAAAGUUGUGUCGAUCAUAGCCUAUCACAACACAAUCUCCAUCUUACGAGAAAAGAGAGGCAUCAUCUUGGUAAAUGGAGCAACCACCUUCUUACCUUUCCGACUGGAGGCUGAUGGUAUGUGGGCAUACUACCAUGGUGACAACAUUGUGGUUCAGACAGACUUUGGCUUAUUUGUCUCCUUUGACCAACUCUACCAUCUAAUCAUCAAAGUGCCUGCGGUUUAUCAUGGCCAGAUGUGUGGCCUGUGUGGCAAUUAUAAUGGCAGACCCCGAGAUGACCUCUUCCUGCCCAGUGGCCAGCCAGCCUUGAGCAUCUCAGCCUUUGCAGCUGCUUGGAAAGUCGAUGGGCUCCAGGCAGCCUGUACAGAGGACUGUGCUGCUUCGAUCUGUGGGUCUUGCCAAACGAGCCAGAAAUCCAGCUAUGUACACACGACCCAGUGUGGCAUAUUGCAGGCAAAAUAUGGUCCUUUCAGUGCCUGUUAUUCCACUAUCAACCCCGCAGUCUUCUUCAACAAUUGUGUGCAUGAUCUCUGCAAGGCAAGAGGGAACCCUGUUAUCCUCUGUCGAGCUAUCCAUGGCUAUGUCACUGCUUGCCAAGCUGCUGGUAUUCAGAUACAGCCCUGGAGGACAGCAAAAUUAUGCCCUAUGAAAUGCCCAGCCAACAGUCACUAUGAACUCUGCACCAAAGCUUGUCCCAGCAGAUGCAAAGAAGUAACCAGCAUCACCAAGUGUCCCAAUUACUGUGCUGAAGGCUGUCAAUGCAAUAAGGGUUAUUUUUUGGCAGGGUACCAUUGUGCACCUAUUAGCCAAUGCCGGUGCUUCCACAAGGGUACAUGGUUUAAGGUUGGUGUAAAGGUGAUCACAGCCAAUUGCAGGGAACAAUGCACCUGUCAACUCCAAGGCCGGGUAGUGUGCACACCACUCCCUUGUGCUGCUGGAGAAGCCUGUGUCUUGAGUAAUGCCAAGUGGACUUGUGUUCGAAAAGAAGGACACUGCACCAUCGCUCAUGGACAUAUCUUCACCUCUUACGAUGGUGUCUCUGGAAAGGUUCCUCUUGAAGGGUCCUAUGAGAUCUCUGCACUCAACAAUGCCAAGUCUAAAUCUUGGUUCCGGGUGGUGGUACAGUUGCACAAGUGCCCCCAAUGCCCUACGCCCAUUGUUGUCGCUAUCACAGUCUACUUCCACAAGUUUAUUGUGCUAGUAAAGCAAGAUAACACAGUCUCGGUGAAUGGACAUCCAAUGCAUCUCCCAGUGCAACCUUCAAAGGAGAUAUCACUGAGUGUGGCCCAGAACGUGGUGACAGUGUCACAUGGAUCAGAUGUACGAAUUCUCUACAGUUCUAAAGGAGACCUAACAGUGGUCAUCAGUGGGACACUAGCCAACAAAGUAUCAAAAUCGUGUGGGAACUUCAACGGUAAUGGCUCAGAUGACCUGCAGCUACCUAAUGGUAAGGUAGCACAUACCAUUACAGAGGUCAUUAGCCACUGGAAUGUCACUACAGCAACACAAAAUGCUCGCUUUAAAAUCCACUCCUACUGA